AUGGUAUGGUUAGCUAUUGGCCCACCCAGUGCCCACGCGGAGUACAUACCACCGGGGCCGAAGUAUAAGUGUCCGGAAAAAGCCAAACUGUUUUAUCCCUGUGUGUGCACCCGCGGGACAGACGAUGGCCUGUACAUCGAGUGUGAAAACUCGAACCUGGCCAGUCUGUCCGUUGCCUUCAUCAAUCUGGCCAACACGAACUUACCGAUUGAGGAGCUGCGUCUUCGGCGCUGCAUGAUAAAGAACCUUUUCGGCACACUGUUGCAUAAGCUGCCGGUAAGGCAUUUGCAUAUUGUCGAUACGCCACUGGCUACGGUCGCAGAUCACGCUUUCUACGGCAUCAACGAUACGCUCGCCGAACUGCACCUGAUACACAGCGAGUUGACGCAGUUUCCAUCGGAAGCGUUCAAGAUCCUGGGUCAUCUGAAAGUGCUCAUCGUCGAUGGACACCAGAUCGAAAGGCUGCCGAAGGGAGCCUUUGCCGGAGCUCAUUUCGAUGGUACACUGGAGAAGCUGCAUGUCAUUAACGGACAGCUGGAGGAACUAGAGGCCGAUGUGUUCGCGAACAUGAAAAGGGUAAAAACUCUCGAUCUGCACGGGAACCGUUUGGCGGCGCUAAAGAAGGGACAGUUUAAGGGUAUGCGAGAAGUCGAGAUUCUCGAUCUUAGCUUCAACAAUCUUACCAAACUCGAUGCCACGCACGUGUCCGAUCUGACGAAGAUGACUUGGUGCAACGUAUCGAACAACGCCCUGACAGAGAUCACGAGGGGAACUUUCGCACGUAACACUGUGCUCCGUGUGGUCAAUAUGGCUUCGAAUGCCAUUCGUAAGAUCGACGCCAACACGUUCCGUGGUAUGCGUUUUCUGCGGCGCCUGUAUCUGAGCGACAAUAUGAUCAGUGACGUUGGAAGAGGUACGUUCGGUUCCGUCACACGCAUUGGCACUAUCGAUUUGGCGCGAAAUCGCAUCAAGAAGGUUGAUUUCCAGAUGUUCUUCCAGCUAAAUUAUGUUGAGCUUGUCAACCUGGCGGAGAAUGAGAUUACGGAGAUUCAGAAGGACGCGUUCAAGGACCUCUAUCUGACGCACAUCAACAUCUCACACAAUCGGCUCGAAACGAUCGAACCGAAGUCCUUCAUCAACUGUGCCAACAUGACGGUGCUGGACCUUUCGCACAAUCUGAUCCGCUCCAUCCCGCGCACCGCGUUCGAUGAAACCACGUACGCUACCGAGUGGAUCAUGACGCACAACCUUCUUACCAACAUGAGCCAGCUUCCGCUGGCCAACAUGACCGGCCUCAAGAUCCUGAACGUUUCGUACAACAACCUGGUGGACGUGCCUAAGAACACCUUUCCGAAACUGUACGAACUGCACACGAUCGAUAUGUCGUAUAACAACAUCUCGCACAUCUACAAUGCCGUGUUCCAGAAUCUGCUCUCGUUGCGCAAUCUAAACCUGAGCUACAAUGCCCUGGAAAAGGUUGGCCCUUCCACAUUCGGCACACUGCACACACUGCUCGACAUGGAUCUGAGCCACAAUCUGUUGCGCGAUAUUGCCCGUGGUGCCCUGGCGAAGAUCACCGGACUACGGUUCCUUCACAUGCAGCACAACAAGCUGGAGAAGUUGUUUCAAAUACCGAUCUCCCUGAACGAGCUCGACUUGGCGCACAACGAGAUCACGGAAAUACCGGAGAAAACGUGGCCCACCAUGAACGCGUUGCUGGUGCUCGAUCUAAGCCACAACCGGCUGUCGAACAAUCUGGCCCGUGGUAGCUUUGCUGGGCUUCUAACGUUGCAACGACUCCACCUAGAAUCGAACGGUAUCUCCGAAGUGCCGAGAGAUAGCUUUGGCGAUCUCGGUACGAUGCAGUACCUGUAUCUGGCGAACAACAGCAUCAGCGCACUGCCGAAGGGUGCUUUCGGUAGUUUGCCGAUCCUGUUCGAGGUGCAUUUAACGGACAAUGGACUACACACGGUGAGCGAACGGGCUUUCGAUGGCUUGCUGCAGUUGCUUACGUUAAACAUGUCUCGCAACGAGCUGCGGUCCGUACCGAACGGGGCCUUUUUGGGGUUGGUUUCACUCAGAAGGCUAGAUUUAUCCCACAACUUGCUCACGGCGUUGGACAACAAAACUCACGGACUGUUGGAGGAUUGCCUCAGUUUGGAAGAGCUCAACAUCAGCCACAAUCGGUUCAGCUUCGUGACGAGAAAGACGUUCCCUUCGAACCCAUACAUCCCUUACCGGUUGCGAUCGAUCGAUCUUAGCUACAACACCAUGUCGGUGGUAACGAACGAUCUGAAGAUUGGAACCGCUACCGUUCAACAUCUGAAUCUGUCCCACAACAACAUCAAAGAGAUACGACCCGCGGUGCUUGGUAACCUUACGUCCCUACGUACGCUAGACCUUUCCUACAACGAGCUGACGAAGGUGGAAAACGAGGUCUUCAACCUGCCUACCAACUUCACGGCCCUCUAUCUGCAUCACAACAAAUUGUGGAACGCGUCGUACGAAUCGUUACUCCGGUUGGACAACCUCACGAUGUUGGAUCUACGGGCGAAUGAGUUGGCCCACUUCGAAGCACAGCUGGUGCGCAAGAUUAAGUUCACCAACCUAACGGUGGCCCUCGGAGAAAACCCGUUGCAGUGCGACUGCUACUUGCGGCCAUUGUACCAUCAUCUUCGCUCCCUGCCAUCGAUCGGUGAGUCGUAUCGGGAGCUAAAGUGUGCCCAGCCUUCCUCACUCGCCGGCGAACCGCUGUACAACUUGACCGACGAGGUGCUCGUUUGCGUUCCGGCCCUGACGGACGAUGCUUAUCGACCGCUACCGGAUCUACGGUUCCGCGAGAUUUCUUUCUAUCGCGGUCAGUUGAUCGUAAACUGGUACGUGGCGGCGACCUCGGAUGUGGCCGAUUUCUACGCGUACAUUCGAGAUCGUGCGAAUCGCAUCAUUUUUGAGCGCACAGUAGCGUACACCAGUCGCUCGACGGCGAUCGAUGGCGGAGACAUUCGGCCGCAGGGGGACUCGCAGCUCGAGCUGUGCGUACUGGCCAAGAGCAGCGAUGGGGCUGUUAAUUUCCUCGACAGCCAGUGCGUACCGCUGCCGGAAGAUCUGGACACCAUCAAGCGGAAGUACAACGCACAGUACAACUACAAAUAUCCACUGAACCUUCCCAAGGCCGGCGCCAGGUCCGGGGCUGUGAGCUGUGAUAAACGCGUACCGGCGAGCUAUGUGGUCCUCGCGUUGCUGGCCACAUGGAUGCGAAUGCUCUAGGCUGUAAGCGAAGCAUUAAUUAUUUAU